UACGCCAUUCUCCACUCCCAGUUCACUUGCAGUUCAGUGCGCGAUCUGAACACACGUCCAAGAAGGAACGCUCUUGUAACUUUGACCCAGCCGUAACCAAAAACCAGAACCGAAGAUGUCUCUUGGGGACCCUAUGGGAUUCAUGAAGGAUUUCCUCGCCGGAGGAAUUUCCGCCGCCAUCUCCAAGACCGCCGUUGCUCCCAUCGAGCGCGUCAAGUUGCUCCUCCAGGUCCAACACAUCUCCAAGCAAAUCUCUGAGGAACAACGUUACAAGGGUAUGGUCGAUUGCUUCGUCCGUAUCCCAAAGGAGCAAGGUGUUUUAGCCUACUGGCGCGGUAACACUGCCAACGUUAUCCGUUACUUCCCAACCCAGGCUCUUAACUUUGCCUUCAAGGACAAGUACAAGCAGGUCUUCCUCAGCGGUGUUGACAAGCACACCCAGUUCUGGCGUUACUUCGUUGGUAACUUGGCUUCCGGCGGUGCUGCUGGAGCCACCUCCUUGUGCUUCGUGUACCCACUCGAUUUCGCCCGUACCAGGUUGGCCGCUGAUGUCGGUAAAGCUGGUGGAGAACGUGAAUUCUCCGGAUUGGGCAACUGCCUGAGCAAGAUCUACAAGGCUGAUGGCCUCAAGGGUCUGUACCAAGGAUUCGGUGUAUCCGUCCAAGGUAUCAUCAUCUACCGUGCCGCCUUCUUCGGUAUCUACGACACCGCCAAGGGUCUCCUUCCCGACCCCAAGAACACCCCGUUGGUCAUCUCCUGGGCUAUCGCGCAGACCGUCACCACCGUUGCCGGUAUCAUCUCCUAUCCCUUCGACACCGUCCGUAGGCGUAUGAUGAUGCAGUCUGGCCGCGCCAAGAGUGACAUCUUGUACAAGAGCACAGCCCACUGCUGGGCAACCAUCGCCAAGACCGAGGGUACCGGUGCCUUCUUCAAGGGUGCUUUCUCCAACGUCCUCCGUGGUACUGGUGGCGCUAUCGUCCUUGUAUUGUACGAUGAAAUCAAGGCCCUUUUCUAAAUUAUUAGUCAAGAUCACCUAAAUCAACUAAAAGUAAUGUCGUAAAACAAAAAGAUCACAAUACAUCGCGUCACUGUAUAUGCAAGUAACAACAAAUCCAACACCAACUACUACUAAAAAGUCCGCAGGAAGCAGCAACACGGCCACGGACUAAAUAAUAGUAAAAUUCAUUUAAAAAAAAAACA